AUGGCAAUUCCACCCCUGGGCAUACCAGCUAGUAGUACAACGAGUGAAAGGAUUUCCAGUGCAAGCGAAAGAAUUUUAGAAGAAAGAAGGCAAAAUUUAAACAGCGACGUAGUUGAUAAUAUUGAAAUUUAUCAUGCUCACUCAACAAUAUCACAAUUAUCUGGUGAAUGUCGUCGAUGUUUACAAGUUGUUUCAACGCGUCCUCAAUUAUUUUCUUAUUCACAUGAACAAUUUAAUCCACCACCAACUACAUCGAACUAUGUUGAUAUUACCGAUUUAGAAAUUGCCGUUUUGCUCGUUGAUCUAAUGACAUUGAAACAAGAAAAUUGUGAAUUAAGAUGGAAUUGUGAUAUAUUGUAUCGUGAAAAAAAAUUAUUUAAAGAAAAAAUACAUUUUCUAGAAGUAAAUACGAAAGAAGACGAAGUCGAAUUAAUUUUAAAUAAUAGUUCACAUACGAAUAUAGAUGAUCCAAUAUCACUUCAAGAUUAUCAAACAUUAAUUACUAGAGAAAAAACAUUACGUGCCUAUGUCUAUCGUUUAUAUCAACUUUUACAAACAACUACAAAACAACUAAAACAACGUCAAGAACAACAAAAUGUUUUAAUGAUUCAAUUUAAAUUAAGAAAUAAAGAAUUAAUUGAACAAAUUCAACAAAUAGAGGAAAAAUAUCAGCAAAAAUUAGCUCAAUUACACAUGAAAUUUCAAAAUAUGAAAAAAGCGUACAAUGAACAACUUUCAAAAUUGUAUCGAUCAUCAACAUCAUCAAAUCAAGUUGAUCAUCAAUCACAAUCCUCUCCAUCACAUCGUCGUAUCCAAACAACUAUUUAA